AUGUGUCUCUUAAAUGGCGAGAUCCUCGACAACAACAGCGAUACCCUGAGGCCGGUGGCGGGCCUAACGGCAUCAAGCUUCCUCCAAGAGUAUCUGUUUGAUGAAUUUAGUGCGCCCAAGGACGAACCCCGGUAUCUGACAUUUAAUAAGGGCUGCCGAUUGAGCGGCGUGGAGUUGACGGCGGGCGGUAUUUCAGCAAAGGGUCAUUUGUGGAAACUCGGGCGCGUCAUUGACACGGCAGAUGUCUUCUCGGUUGACAGAUCCAGGCGUGAUAGGAGUUAUGACCGGGAACGGAGAAAUUGCCUCUUGGACCUAAUUGACUACCUCUGCGAGCAGGGCCAUAUUCUUCUUGCCGACCAUCUCAUCCGGCAUCUUGAUGUCGACGCCAACGCCCAUGCUGGCGAGGGCUACGGCUCCUUUGCUGACAUCCAUCUUUACGGCAUGGCCUCCCACGUCGUGGCCGCCAUCAAGGCCGGCCGAAAGCUGAUUCUUGGCUGCAUCUGGGAUCCUAAGAAUAAGUACCAGCCGCACCGUGCCGUUUUCGUAUUGCCUCGAAAGGACGACCGGUGUCGGCGGCCAAAGUUUGUCUUCACCUCGGCAUGGCCGCGGCAUCCAGGCUCCGAGACACACGACGCCAACGACCUUGACCGCCAUGUCUCGCUCGGUGUGGACCUCGACGCAUACCUCGUCGAUGGCACGCCGCGCCUCCGGGUGCGCAACUGGCUGCUCGGCAUGUGCUUCUUCCGCAAGUGCGAAUGCAUUGACGUUGUCUUUCCAUGGCCACGGGCACUGCAGGUGAGCGGCUAA